AUGCCCGUCCAGGACUACGAGAAGAUCGUCAAGCUCGCGUGUAAACCCAAGAAUGCGCCCCCGAAAGCAAAGGUGCGAUGUAGUGCGCUGAUAGCAGCGACCUACGGCGACGACCGUACCCUAGAAGACAUCAUCCAAGCUCUGGCCUUCCGUCUGAGGGAUAACAAUGGCGUCGUCGUGUUCAAGGCCCUCUUGACGUUACAUCAGAUGAUUAGGACAGGUGCUUCGGAGGGGUUGUUGGAGAUUCUCGCGAGGCAUGAUGUUUUGAAGCUCAGGGGUCUCGGUGGACGAGGGUAUCAGGGCUACAUUCCUCCCGCCAGUUUGGGCGCUUACGCCGACUAUCUCGAUGCCCGAAUCCGGUCUUAUCGCGAUGUGAAACACGACCUCAUCCGAGUACAGACGGAGAGUAACAGGCGGAGUGAUGGACUCGGUGCUGCUUCCAAAGCGAGGAGAUUAAGACACCUUCCGGUCGAAAAAGGUCUUUUGAGAGAGGUCAAACAGGUGCAAAAGCUUUUGGAUGCUCUUGUCCGGUGCAAGUUCUAUGAUGAUGAUCUCCGAGACGAAAACACGGUCCUCGCUCUCCGUUUAUUAGUCAAGGACCUUCUUGUGCUAUUCCAAGCCGGCAACGAAGGCGUCUGCAACAUCCUCGAACACUACUUUGAAAUGUCCAAAAUCGACGCCACCGACGCCUUCCAAACCUACAAAUCCUUCAUCUCCCAAACCGACCGCGUCGUCGACUAUCUCUCCAUCGCCCGCAAACUGAACCACAUCCUCAACGUGCCCGUGCCGAAUUUGAAGCAUGCGCCGACGGGGUUGGUGAAGGCGUUGGAAGAGUAUCUGGAGGAUCCGGGGUUUGAGCAGAAUCGGUUGGAGUAUAAGAGGAGUUUGGGGGUGGUGGAGGGGAGGGGGGAGGGGUCGAAUAGUGGGGCGGCGGCGGGGGCUGCACCGGCAGCGAGGGGAUCGUCGCCGAGUAAACCGAAGGAAGCGGCCAAGCCUGCAGAAAGCCUGGUCAAGCCCGCCGCAGCGCCUCCCGGCUCAUCCCAAAAGAUCCAAGACUUUUUCGAAAGCAUCCAAGCGGACUCGCAGCCUACCAUGUUUGGCGGUCCUCCCCAGCAGAUGAAUUAUGCGAAUAUGACGGUGAACCAACAACAAUUCAACCCCUUCCGCCAGAGUAUGAUGUACCCCCAACAAACCGGUUUCAUGCAGCCGCAACAAACUGGGUUCCUUCCCCAACAGCAACAACCGUUCCACCAGCAGCCAUUCCAGCAACAACAGCAAGGGGGGUUCAUGCAGCCCCAGCAAACGGGAGCGAUGGCGUUUGGGAAUCGGCAGAGUAUCUUCCCGGGACAGAUGGGCGCGGGGGGAGAGUUUGGGGCUAUGCAGCCGCAGCAGACGGGUUUCAUCCAACCCCAACCCCAGGCUCAACCCCAGCAGCAUCAGCAGCAGUUGCAACCCCAGCAGACGGGCUUUUUGCAGCCCCAAUCGACGGGGUCAAACCCGUUCAGGCAGAGUAUGAUGUUUGGUUCUCAGCCUGCUUCACCCUUCGGUCAAGGGCAAGGGAACGCGCAGAUUCAGAGACCGGGGUCGACGCCUGCUUUUGGAUCGGGGUCUCCUUUCGCACCCCAACCUACCGGCGCUGGUUCUUCACCCUUCAAACCGACUACGGGUAAUGCCCAACCUGGGCUCUCGGCGUCCCCGAAACCACUCCAGUCCCAAGCGACGGGCUCCAAGAACCCGUUCGCGCCCGCGCCUGGGUCGGCGCCCGCGGCGCCUAGUGCGAGUAUGCAGCAGCAGCAGCAGGAGAGGAAGCCGACGAUGAAUGAGUUGUUGAUGGGGUAUGGGCAGGGGCAGGGGCAGGGUCCGUUGUUCGGGGAGGGGCGGCAGCAGCAGGGGCCAGGGCAAGGUCAGCAAGGGCAAGGGCAAGGGGAUGGGAUGUCCUCGAUCGCGAGUCAGUUUGCAGUUGGCGAAAAAUCCAACGGCGCCUCCACCGCGAAUGGCAACAACGACAUCUUCUCCCAAUUCUCGUCCCUCUCCGGUAACCCCACCGGCUCUACAUCCCCCUCCUCUCAACCCGCCUCCACCUCUUUCGGCGGGCUGUCGUCCAACCCCACCGGCGCGACGUCGCUCUCGUCCCAGCCUACCGGUGCUGGUGCAGCUGGAUUCUUGCAGCCCCAGCAAACGGGGUAUGGGGGCUCGAAUAUCAAGCCGUUCAAGCCGAGUAGCAGUUUUGGGAAUACGUUGAUGGAGAGUUUGCCGCCUAUCCCUGAGCCUGGGAGUGGGGCGGGGACGCCCGGGCAGGGGGUGACGAGUCCGUCGGCCGGGGGGUUGAGUGCGCAGGCUACUGGGUUCCCUGGUUCGGGGCAAGGAGGGUUCUUGCAGCCUAGUACGACUGGUCUCCCUCAAUCGCAAUCCCAGCCUCAGCAAACGCAACACCAACCGCAAUCUCAAUUCGGCCAAACCCUCUCACCGCAGAUGACGGGCGCAAACCCUUUCAGGCAGUCGACCAUGUUUGGCGCUGCUCCCGGCGCCGCUGCGUUCGGGAGCGGUGGGGGUAGUCUUGGGGGUACAGGGGCGUUUGGAGGGGGAGCGGGCGGGGGUUUGAACCCGCAGUUGACGGGUGCUGGUGCGUUUGGAAUAGGCUCACCGCUUGGAGGGCAGGGGCAGUUUGGUCUGUUUGGGCAGCAGCAGCAGCAACAGCAGGCUCAACAGACGGGGCAGGCCUUUGGGGGGCAGCAGCAGCAACAGGGAGGGUCAUUGAUCUAG